AUGCUGAAGUUGAUCAAAGAUAAGCGCAUGCAGGAUGCGGCUACUCCAGCUCUGCUUCAUCCUGAUUUUCACAAGAGAAAUAUUUAUGUCUCAGCCCAGGACCCAACCGUUAUGACUGGCGUGCUCGAUUGGCAAUCAGCAAGCAUUGAGCCUGCGUUCAUUUAUGCCAAUGAGACUCCUGAUUUUGCUGCACUCCCUGAGGAGACGGAGGGAAACAUCUUUGAGGACGGACAAGACGAACAAAAAGUUCCUGGUCAAAAGGAACGAGAAUGGAAAGACGCGUUGAUAUGUUACCAGACAUACGAUGUGUGCAUGAAGGGUCUUGCUCCUAAACUACGCCUCGCAAGGUUACUCGAUCCGAUUUUGUUUCGAAUCUUCCAAUACUUUCAUACGACGUGGAGAGACAGCGCCACGGCGCUCCGUCAAGAGUUAAUUGAGCUUUCAGCUCGCUGGACAGAACUGGGACUACAGGGCUCUUGCCCAUUUUCUCCAACUGAAGAAGAAUUGAAGAAGCACGCUCGAGAUUAUGAAGACUUUGAGACUGUUCAAAAACUUAAACUCUGGCUAAGAAACUCCCUCCAUACCAACUCUGAUGGCUGGGUUCCGAAUGAUGUAUGGAACGCUGCGAAAGACGCUCAUCGCGCGGUCUACGACGAAUGGAUACAGACGGCCAGAGAAUCUGAGUCUAGUGGCGAGGGCCUGACAGUAGCAAAGCAGACAAGUUGUGGCCGUUUGAUGCUAGAUAACAGCGAAAGUCAGGCAAGGAGAAAUUUCACGUGGCGGCGUGGCUUAGUCGCAGAGCUCAUAAAGUACUGUCGAAGGAACACAUGUCCACCAGGACAUGUUAAGGACAUCGUGGUUCCUACGGAUGGAGGCGAUCUAGGCGUCACAAGCCAAGGAACAACCACACCGCCGAGUGGCACACAUGUAGGCUCAGGGCGAGGGUCAGCUGCCAUUUAG